AUGGCUGAUAACGGUCCUCCCCUUUCGAGCGCACAGCUCCCACCACCUCCGCAGACCACUGCUGGUGCGCCUGGCUACGAAAACGGUCGCAAUGGCCAGGCCAACCCGUCGCACAUGCCACCUCCACCUCUGCCUCCCGUCAUCAUCCCGCAGAAUACCAACCCCAUUCCCACAGCGAUCUCUUCACCGUUGGAUGAGAAUGGGAAUCCGAUGAUGUCUCCGGAUAGUGCAGGUGGCUUCGUUCGCCGCGCAGCCCCUGAGCCGAACAAACGAGCGCUCUAUGUUGGGGGCCUCGACCCACGAGUCACGGAAGAUGUACUCCGUCAAAUUUUUGAGACCACUGGUCAUGUUCAAAACGUCAAAAUCAUUCCUGACAAGAAUGUAGGUGCUGUCAGUGUCCACUUUAUUUAUUCUAAGGGAUUCAAUUACGGUUUUGUUGAAUACGACGAUCCAGGAGCGGCAGAGCGGGCAAUGCAAACACUCAAUGGACGUCGGGUCCACCAAGCUGAAAUCCGUGUAAACUGGGCCUACCAAUCGAACACCUCUAACAAGGAAGACACCUCGAAUCACUUCCACAUCUUCGUAGGCGAUCUAUCCAAUGAAGUCAACGAUGAAGUCCUUCUGCAAGCUUUCUCCGCUUUCGGGUCUGUUUCUGAGGCUCGGGUUAUGUGGGACAUGAAGACUGGACGCUCCAGGGGAUAUGGCUUCGUCGCAUUCCGCGAACGUCAGGAUGCCGAGAAGGCUUUGAGCUCGAUGGACGGCGAAUGGCUUGGGUCUCGCGCCAUUCGCUGCAACUGGGCCAACCAAAAAGGGCAGCCAUCGAUUUCUCAGCAACAAGCCAUGUCUGCGAUGGGCAUGACUCCAACAACUCCUUUUGGUCAUCACCACUUCCCAACCCAUGGUGUCCAGAGUUACGAUAUGAUUGUUACCCAGACCCCUGCUUGGCAAACGACUUGUUACGUCGGCAACCUCACCCCAUACACCACCCAGAACGACUUGAUUCCUCUCUUUCAGAAUUUUGGAUACGUUGUUGAGACUAGAUUCCAGGCUGACCGUGGCUUCGCCUUUGUCAAGAUGGACACCCACGAGAACGCUGCCAUGGCGAUCUGUCAAUUGAGUGGCUACAAUGUCAACGGCCGCCCUCUGAAGUGUAGCUGGGGUAAAGAUAAGGCUCCAACCCAGCCUGGCUUCGAAGGAACGCCCCAGGGCUAUAGCCCACAGAGCGCACCAAAUCCUGGAUACCCAGGAACACCAUCUGCUUAUUUCCCUCAGUAUGGCGGUAUGCCCCAACCAGGACCUCAAUCCGCUGGACCGAUGACUGCCCAGCCGUCUCCAGGCCAGUUCCCAGGUCAGCAAGGUGGAUACGGUGGACCGCCUGCGCAAUCCCCAGGUCAAUAUCCCAACCAACAAAUGCCAUACGGAGGAUCUGCUAGCGCUGGUGGCUAUGGUCGUGGUGCCCAGCAAACACCGACUGCUCAGUGGAACCCUCCUGCCGCCCAGAACUUUGGCAAUGGCUUCGGGGGUUACCAACAGUAG